GACGCGCGGGGCUGCUGCGGCUGCUCCGCCGGCGGAUCAUCACUCUCUAGCUGGGAUGGACGCGGGGCGGGAGGGCCCUGGCGCGCAGAACCAGGAGUCCGGGCCUCCUGGAUGCUGAAGCCUUCUUCCACCCCCGCCUUUCCUCCUAGGAGCAGCGCCGACCUCUGCCUUGUGGCUCUGGACUCCGCUCCCGCCCUCCUCUGACUCCUUGGACCUCCCCCUCCCGCCCGCCCGCCCGCCCGCCCUCGGGAUCGACUAGAUCCCUCCCCCUCCCCGAGGAUUCCGGCUGGAUCCUUGCCCCUACACCGCAGAUCCUGCGCUCCGAGGCCCCGGGCCCCUGGGGAUUGCCGUGGACGCCUCCUCUAGCACCCGAUCCCUUAGGAUCAUCCGCCUGGACCGCCUUCUGGUCCCUCGAAGCCGGCACAAGAGCCACUGGAUCUCCGGUCCAGUACUGUCUUGUUGCCCCCUCCUGGCUCUGCUGUCCCCACUGCGGGGUUCCCUGUUCUCGGGCUCCCCCUGACCUCAUACCCUAGGCUCUCUUUUCCCGGGGAUCGACUGGAUCCCGGCCCCGCCCCCCGGGGCUGGGGCGAUCCCCCUCCCCCGCCGGGUGAGGCGCUGCGGGCGGGGGCUGGGCCUGCGGGGCCGCGGGGGCUCAGAGGCCGCCGCCCCCCUCCUGAAGCCCGUCCGCCCCCUACUCGGAGCCCUGGAUGGAGGCACCACGGCCCCAGGGCUGAGCCAGGUCAGGCCUGCCUGCACCAUCUUCGGCCUCCUUCCCUUUCCCCACCCCUUGCCCCCUCCAUGGAGAGGAACAGACCCGUUCUCCGUCCAGUCUAACCUAGGUCCCUACCAGCCCCCCUCCUCCUUCCUGUUCCCCGCCCCCUCCUCCCUCCUGGGGCGAGGGGGGCCUCCCUCCCUCUCCCCCCCCUUCUCUCUCUCUCCGAGGGGGGGGGUCCCGGGGAGGGAGGGGGGGGUCCCCGAUCAGCAUGUGGCUCCUGGCGCUGUGUCUGGUGGGGCUGGCUGGGGCUCAACGGGGGGGAGGGGGUCCCGGCGGAGGCGCCCCCGGCGGCCCGGGCCUGGGCCUUGGCAGCCUCGGGGAGGAGCGCUUCCCAGUGGUGAACACAGCCUACGGGCGAGUACGCGGAGUGCGGCGCGAGCUCAACAACGAGAUCCUGGGCCCCGUCGUGCAGUUCUUGGGCGUGCCCUACGCCACGCCGCCCCUGGGUGCCCGCCGCUUCCAGCCGCCUGAGGCGCCCGCCUCGUGGCCCGGCGUGCGCAACGCCACCACCCUGCCACCCGCCUGCCCGCAGAACCUCCACGGGGCCCUCCCGGCCAUCAUGUUACCUGUGUGGUUCACCGACAACUUGGAGGCGGCCGCCACCUAUGUUCAGAACCAGAGCGAGGACUGCCUGUACCUCAACCUCUACGUGCCCACCGAGGACGGUCCGCUCACAAAAAAACGUGACGAGGCGACGCUCAAUCCGCCAGACACAGAUAUCCGGGACUCCGGGAAGAAGCCGGUAAUGCUGUUCCUACACGGAGGUUCCUACAUGGAGGGCACUGGAAACAUGUUUGAUGGCUCAGUCCUGGCUGCCUACGGCAAUGUCAUCGUAGCCACGCUCAACUACCGCCUUGGGGUGCUAGGUUUUCUCAGCACUGGGGACCAGGCUGCAAAAGGCAACUAUGGGCUCCUGGACCAGAUCCAGGCUCUGCGGUGGCUCAGUGAAAACAUUGCCCACUUUGGGGGUGACCCUGAGCGCAUCACCAUCUUUGGGUCUGGGGCAGGGGCCUCCUGUGUCAACUUGCUGAUCCUCUCCCACCACUCAGAAGGGCUAUUCCAGAAGGCCAUUGCCCAGAGUGGCACUGCCAUUUCCAGCUGGUCUGUCAACUACCAGCCGCUGAAGUACACGCGGCUGCUGGCAGCCAAGGUGGGCUGUGACCGAGAGGAUAGUGCUGAAGCUGUGGAGUGUCUACGCCGGAAGCCAUCCCGGGAACUGGUGGACCAGGAUGUGCAGCCGGCCCGCUACCAUAUUGCCUUUGGGCCUGUGGUGGAUGGCGAUGUCGUCCCCGAUGACCCUGAGAUCCUCAUGCAGCAGGGAGAAUUCUUAAACUAUGACAUGCUCAUCGGUGUCAACCAGGGAGAGGGCCUCAAGUUUGUGGAGGAUUCUGCAGAGAGUGAAGAUGGUGUGUCCGCCAGUGCUUUCGACUUCACUGUCUCCAACUUUGUGGACAAUUUGUAUGGUUACCCAGAGGGCAAGGAUGUGCUUCGGGAAACCAUCAAAUUCAUGUAUACAGACUGGGCUGACCGGGACAACGGCGAGAUGCGACGUAAGACUCUGCUGGCACUCUUUACUGACCACCAAUGGGUGGCCCCAGCUGUGGCCACUGCCAAGCUACAUGCUGAUUACCAAUCCCCUGUCUACUUUUACACCUUCUAUCACCACUGCCAGGCCGAGGGCCGGCCAGAAUGGGCAGAUGCGGCGCAUGGAGAUGAGCUGCCCUAUGUAUUCGGUGUGCCUAUGGUGGGCGCCACUGACCUCUUCCCCUGCAACUUCUCCAAGAACGAUGUCAUGCUCAGCGCAGUGGUCAUGACCUACUGGACCAACUUCGCCAAGACUGGUGACCCCAACCAGCCGGUACCCCAGGACACCAAGUUCAUCCACACCAAGCCUAACCGCUUUGAGGAGGUGGUGUGGAGCAAGUUCAACAGCAAGGAGAAGCAGUACCUACACAUCGGCUUGAAGCCUCGUGUGCGUGACAACUACCGGGCCAACAAGGUGGCCUUCUGGCUGGAGCUCGUGCCCCACCUGCACAACCUGCACACAGAGCUCUUCACCACCACCACGCGCCUGCCUCCCUAUGCCACGCGCUGGCCACCUCGCCCACCUCCGGGUGCCCCAGGCACACGUCGGCCCCCACCCCCUGCCACCCUGCCACCCGAGCCGGAGCCGGAGCCAGGCCCAAGGGCCUACGACCGCUUCCCUGGGGAUUCUCGAGACUACUCCACAGAGCUAAGUGUCACCGUGGCCGUGGGUGCCUCCCUCCUCUUCCUCAACAUCCUGGCCUUUGCCGCCCUCUACUACAAGCGGGACCGGCGGCAGGAGCUGCGGUGCCGGCGGCUCAGCCCACCCGGAGGCUCCGGGUCAGGCAUGCCCGGUGGGGGCCCCCUGCUUCCUGCUGCUGGUCGUGAGCUGCCCCCAGAAGAGGAGCUGGUUUCAUUGCAGCUGAAGAGGGGUGGUGGCGUUGGGGUGGACCCUGUUGAGGCCCUGCGCCCUGCCUGCCCACCCGACUACACCCUGGCCCUGCGCCGGGCACCAGACGAUGUGCCUCUCUUGGCCCCGGGGGCCCUGACCCUGCUGCCCAGUGGCCUGGGGCCACCACCGCCACCACCACCCCCUUCUCUCCAUCCCUUUGGGCCCUUCCCUCCACCUCCCCCAGCCGCUGCCAGCCACAACAACACGCUACCCCAUCCCCACUCCACCACUCGGGUAUAGGGGGCGGCUUGGGGAGGUCCUCCUCCCCUCCCCUCCCCUCCCCAGCCCAGGCCACUCUGAAGGCAGGGAGGAGGACUUGGCAUCAGCGUUUCUCCUGUGGAGUUGUCACACAUCAUCAAUCAGCGUGAAGGUGGACAUUGGAUUCCUCACUAGGAUGCGUGUUUUUUUUCCCCGUGCAGAGAGGCCCAUUCUCUUCCCUGGACCUGGGCCUUUGAACACCUGGGGGCUGUUUUUUGCCCUCUGUUGGGACACCAAUCUUCGGUAUGUGGAAAUACGAAUUCUUUUCCCGCGUGGAGGCGUGCUUUCCUCGUGAAGGGGGUGUUUUCCCAUGUGCAGGGUGAGGUUUGUUUUUUGGGGUUUUUUUGUUGUUGUUUUUUUGUUUUUGCCACCCUGGACACAUGUUGGCACUCUCAAAGAAUUUCUGGGGGGAUUUGUACCCCAGAAUCCUAUUCCCUCAUGCCUUCUUCCCAUUCCUCCCCUCCUUCCGAUCCUCCUGGAGACCCUGGAAGUGAUGCGAUCACACAGAGUGACCCUUGGCCGCCAGACAACACAUGGUGGUGCCUGAAAGGCAGCAAGGAAAUCACAGGCUCCCCCCCCCCCCACCUCCCCACCCCCACCACUCCUGAAAAGCAUGUUUCUCCCCCAUGGCACAAGUCAGAUGAAGCACGUUCUCCCGGGGAGGCCCUUGCCUUCCACAGACAACAGACACAGAUUUCCUGCCAGGGAAAGGAAGGAGAUCUGUGCAUCCCGGUGCUGCCUGGAAACAUUUCCCCAUGGUCCAGGACACAUUUCACUGAGUGGGAACAUGUUGUUGCAUGUGGAUGUGUGUUUCCCAGGCAGAGGGUCCCUCUCCAAGGCACUUUCCCUGCAUCCCCUGCCCCUCCCAGAGCCUUAGGCCCAGCACUCAUUUCCUACUCACACAGCAAGUGGGAACAAGCUUCAAGUUGACAGAGCUGGGGGUGGGGAGGAGGGGGAUGUACCAGUCCUGAGAUGCUGGAUUGGAGGGGCACAGGAUGGGAAAAGGGGGGGGAGGCAUGGCACAUGCCACCCAUGGAGGCCAUGCAUGUUUGACCAAAGCCCUCAUGGGGCCUAAGGAUAGCCUUUCCCUUAGUACUCAGAUCAUUGCUCAUCUGUGCCAAACUGAAUAGAUACGUUUGGGGGAGGGAAGAACCUCAAAAUGUGCCAAGGAUCCCCCAGUCUUAGGGCAAGGCAGAUGGAACACAGGGCAGGGGCAUGUGGCAGCUAAGAAGGCCCCCCCCCCCAACCCCGCCUGUGGUCUUGUUCCCUAGUUGUCCCUUUCUGCCUAAGUUCCCCAUUCUCCAUCCCUGUUUCCCUCGUUAAAGCUGUCCCCCAUCUCAGGGUCAGACCAACCUUCUCUCCUUCCUCUUUUAACCAGCCUACCCUCCCUGAUAGCAGGGCUGAAGGAAAGGAGCAAUGGGUGGAGGAGGGGGAAGGGACCAGGAAAAGAAAGGUUUCACAGACAGGUUGGUUGGGGAGAGAAUGAGGUCAGCUGUACUGAGGAGCAGAUGGAGGGGGCUGUGAGGACAGGGUUUGUUGCAGACACCAGCAAGAAUUUGAAAGCAACGAAAGGCAACUGCCCAAAGGCCCCUGGGUUUGGCCUUCUAUGGAAAAGGAUAUCAGGAAGGGUUUUCAGUGGAUACCAGGGAGCAAAUGAAUCCUCAUGUGCCGUGUGGCUUUCUGUGUAACGCUAGUGCCAAACUUGAGUAGGGAUAGGGUGCUGUCUUUCACUGACACACCCAGAUCCAGAGACCCUGGUCUUGAGUCCCAGAACUUUGCCUCAAUUGUCCUUUCUCCCACUUCCACUCAUGGAAAAGUUCUUUUCUGGCCCUUCCCCAUACCUGGUCUAGUUCCUGUUGGAACAACCAUGCCCUCCAAAUGCUAGCGACCUGGGCCCUGAGCCCUGUAGGCAGAUGCCCCCAGUGAGGCAUGGAGGGGGGCUGGGGGACCCCAAGAUACAGCCACGGACUCCAAUGCCUAGACCCCCCCUCCCCCCCAAACAAUCCCAUGUCCCUAUCCCAAUCCUUUGCGGCUCUGUACACAUUUUUAAACCUGGCAAAAGAUGAAGACAAUAUUGUAAAUAUAAAAGUUUAACUGUU